AUGCCCCCGCAAGCUGAGGACAAGCGCCAGGCCGCCCGCGAAGUUAUCGACAUUCUUCACGAAAUCUCAACCCUCCUGAACACGAAUCUGGACCGAACAGAGCUCUCCCUCUGUGUGUCUCUCAUCGAAAAUGGAGUCAAUCCUGAUGCCCUGGCGACUGUUAUAACUGAUCUUAGGAAGGAAGCUGCGGCAACCUCGCGGGCUCUUACGAAUAAGCACGCCAUGCCUGAGUAA